AUAAUAUAUAGCUAACGUAUUCUUAUGUAGUCUAUACUGUUGCAGCAGUAGCGAUCAGUAUUAUAGAGUAAGACACUCAGCGUCGUCGGGUAACCAAGUUGUACAUCAGUAUAGUCAUCGCUCGUGGUCUGCUCGCAUUAACUUAAAAUCAAGAGCUCUUUUUUACUAACAGACUGAUAAAAUAAUACAAACGUCAACAUGUCGUAUAUGUUAGCGCAUCUUCACAACGGCUGGCAAGUGGACCAGGCGAUUUUGUCGGAAGAGGACCGUGUUGUCGUUAUAAGAUUUGGCCAUGAUUGGGAUCCCAUGUGUAUGAAAAUGGACGAAGUUUUAUACAAUAUAGCUGAAAAAGUUAAAAACUUCGCUGUUAUUUAUUUAGUGGACAUUACUCAAGUGCCGGAUUUUAACAAAAUGUACGAAUUGUAUGAUCCAUGUACAGUUAUGUUUUUCUUCAGAAAUAAGCAUAUUAUGAUCGAUUUGGGAACUGGCAACAACAAUAAAAUUAAUUGGACUCUAGAAGAUAAGCAAGAAAUGAUCGAUAUUAUAGAAACAGUGUAUCGAGGUGCAAGGAAAGGUAGAGGGUUAGUGGUUUCCCCAAAAGAUUAUUCCACCAAGUACAGAUAUUAAUUAUAUUUAUUUAUAUUUGAUGCUUGUUUGGUAUUUACAAGAAACUACUAUCCAAAAACCAUUGAGAAUCAUGGUAAAAAUUUAUACAAUUGCAGAACUACAAUUUAGUUUAAUAAUAGGUAGUUAUUUUUGAUAAAGAUUGUUCUAAAUUUUAGAAAAUCAGUUUAUUCUUGUUUAUAGAACUAUGUUUUCUGAACUUCUGAUUUUGAUUCCGAUGUGAAAUUAUAAUUUCAAAAGUAUAACAAAACUUGAAGUAGUAUUUAUCACAAAUAUUAUCAAUGGCAAAUGGAUAAUUGCCUAUACAAAGUUAUUCAAUAUAGCAUGUAUAGCUACUUUAAUAGCUAAAAAUAUGUACAUAAAAAUUUUAAGAUAUUGUAAUAUUAGGUAAAUAUAUAUACAAAAAUAUCAGAUACAUGUAUUAUUUUAGUUUUGAGAAACAAUCAAGAAUUGUCUGAUGAAAUGUAUAAGUAUAAGAAUUCCUUUAAGCACAUUGAUAAAUCAAUAAAUAUUUUUAAUUAUUUAAGUA